AUGCAGCCGCCCUCUCUGCCCCUCACUCCGCUAGCCCUCUCUCUACCGGCCUCUCCGCCGCUCCCCUCAAACAGCUCUAGAGAGUUGCUGACCGUCGGGCAUUCCCAUCACGGCAUUCGAACACAACAAUCCGGAAGUGGAGAAUCGUCAGUUCCCGCGCAGGCCGUCGAGGCGGAGCUGGGCCUCUCCCAACAAUUGCAACGUAUCAAGAAAAGAUUUCAAGAUAAAUCGUCCCCUCCGGCAGGGGCCCGUGAAUUCAGGCUGAUCAGAAAGAGUCUCGAGAAACUCUACCUGCCGCUGGCUCAGGCACCGCGGAUCUACGCCGUGCUGUGGCUGAUUGAUCAAACUGCCAAGGCGGAUGCUUUCGAUGUGAAUAAUGGAUUCACGGAUGCCGCCUUUCCAUUCUCUCUGGGAACUCUGCCGGACGCGCUCGAUGCUAGCAUCAAAGAGCAAUUCCUCCAAACGCAAGAGGCCGUUAUGACUGCAGGAGCGAGGAUCGAAAACGGCCAACACGUCCAAGCCCAGUUUGGCACUCUGGGUUUCGAGCUACAAGUGCGUCUCAGCAUGGACGAGUGGAUCGUGGAGUCGGAGCAAACCGAGAAACGCUACACGCUUCUGCGCCGCGACGCCCGCCGCAACUGGCCCAACCACACUCUCCUUGAUGAAUACACAACAUUUCUAAAGGGGCUGAGGCAUGAGCACCUUGCGGACUUCAUUGGAAGCUUUAUAGAUGAGCACUGGAUCAGGGCGAACCUUCCGUCGGUCGGUAUACUUUUGUCUCCACCGGCUGAGAUGCUUCUAUGUGAUCACCUGAAUAUAAUCGCACAACGACGAAGUGAAGACUUGGAGGCGCAAGAGAGACUCACAAAAUCAUUUGGCUGCCUUGCGAAUGGGCUUGAAUUUCUCCAGCACCAUAAGCUGAGGCCAGUGGCAACCACACAAACAAUCAUAGUUUAUCACAAACAGUUGAAGCUUAUCACAGGCUUCAAUGACGACUCGUACGAGAGAAUGGUGUACGAAGGCGCAAUGUCAUAUCGGGAACCAUAUGACAACAUUUACGCGUAUGCAUGGACCUACUCCCAGCGCUCUUCUAGAUCUGCGAUACGAUGGCUAGGGCUGGUAUUUCUGGAUAUAUUGACAGCUCUGCGCCGCAGAUCUUUAGUAAUUCGAUAUCACAGAGAGACUGAAUCAUGGUUGAGAGAUCCACAUUGGCAUAUCUGGCAGGCUCUUGUUUACAAGCUAGCGGAACGCAGUUCCGUUGACGCAAUGGUUCCGCUUGGAUGGAUCAAGGAAAUGAUGAGCGAGUCAAAUGACCCCGAACUUACAAUCACUCAAGUUGCGGAUAAGAUUCGAGCGUAUCCAAGGGAUGGUGAGGGAUCUAGAUUUUGUGGGUCAUGCUGCAUGAACAGUGCGGUCCAAGCCAGUGAGAACCCUUCCACGGCAAGCCAACUCUUCAAGAUUGUGUAG